AUGAAAAGCUCACCUAUUGUACAAUUCAGUAAGACCUCCUUUAACGCUCUUACCAGACCUUGGAAGAAAUACAGAGAUGGUGAAUUGUUUUAUGGACUAUCCAAAGUCGGAAAUAAAAGAGUACCGCUGACCACCAAACAAGGUAAUAAGACAAUGUAUAAGGGGACCAGGUCGUCAGGGAUUGGUAGACAUACAAAAUUCGGUGGUUAUAUGAUAAACUGGAAGAAAGUCAGAACCUACGUAACCCCAGAUAUAGUCAAUUUUGAGUUGAAGCCCUAUGUUAAUGCUAAUGUUCCACCUUUGAAGCACGACUUCAAAGGGUUCAGUCGUGGUCCCUUGGAUCCUGAAUUACAACUGUUAAAGCUAAAGGAGUUUAUUACAAAUGGAAAAGUACAAAGUCAAGGAGCCACAGACACUUCAUGCUAUAAGGAGCGUGGUUAA